AUGAAGUUGGUACUAAACAGACUUGUUUCAGGUUCCAAAUGGGCACCUUUCAUCCUUGUUUGGAAGAGGAACUGUGUUGAAAAAGGCUACUACGACGACGACUUCAUUAAACAUUUUACCAUUAAAACGAAUAUGCCCGCUCUUGCGCAUCUAUUCAUGUACUUGAGGGUGACGGGAAUUCGGAAGGUUAUUAGUACCUUUUUCGAGUCGUUCAAGGGACAGAAGCUCCAACUCGUUAAUCUCGGAUGCGGGCUCGACUGUAUUUCACUAUGGGUUUUGAAAAAGUACGACAACGUCACCUGCUUCGACCUUGACCUGGAAUACCAGAUAAAGUUGAAGCUUGAGAUAUUUUCAAGGACGAAAGAGAUACUGUCUCUCUUUCCUGACUAUGAGCUAACAGAAAACAUGUUCAAAUCCUCCAGAUACACAGUGUUUCCUUGUGACUUGAGGAAUAUUGAUGAACUCGAUAAGUUAAAAGAGUUUGGUUUUUCCAGUGAACUUCCAACUAUUUAUUUGAGUGAAUUUGUUUUAACAUAUGUCGAGAAUCAUUUAUCGAACAAGACAAAUCCUUCAAGCUUCUUUGCCAAGUGGUACUUUCCUCUUGUUCAGAGUCUUGAAAAUUUUAAAGACAUGCUAACUCUGGCACAGUUUUGUAAUCACUGGGUAAUAGGUGUAGCAUGUAAAAACCCUAAUGAAUAUAAGAAUUUUAUGGAAAGAUUCAAUGAAUAUGAACUGAACAACGAUGAUGUGGAAGACGAACUUAUGUACCAGUUCGACCCGAAAGACUUACACAAAGAAUUUGAUAUUGUCCCACUACAACAAUUUGUUGAAACAAUGUACGGAGAUCCUUUUUCUAUCAUCUCCGAAGAUCAAAAGGCCUUUUAUGACCAUCAUUCCAUAACAUCAGAGGUGUAUCAUCUGUUACAAAUAAUAUCAUCUUUAAAUUGUAAAUAUCCAUCAAAAAAUAUAAAACGUACUUUGCAUGGAAGGAUAACUAAAGGCUUAUUUGUUAUUGAGGAAGGCUAA